AUGGCUCGCCGCAAAGAAGCAGCAGAAAUAAGUCCGAGGCCGCUUAGCCUUGCGCCAGCGCCCAGCGGCGAUUGGUGGGACGAGUCUCAGUGGGCCGUCUUGCUGGCGCUGCUCGACGCCGUGCUGUCACCCAUUGUGGCUGCCGAUACGGCCAGUUCGACCGGUUUGAACCGCCGCAAUGCCAAAUGCCUGUCGCGUGCCGACUUUGACGCCACUGUGGCCCAUGUUCGCGCCGCCGUGAUUGACCCGCCGGAUGCGGCUCUCGUGGCAUCUUAUCUGGCCGACCGGCCGUCCGACCAUCCUGUCUUUGUCCAAGGCAUCAAGCGCACUCUUGCCGGCCAAUCACCUGCCAGCCGGAAGCAGCUGGGCGAUGUUCUGGCGCUUUUAACUGGCCACGCCGGCUCUCUGCUGCUGACGGGAUACUGGACUCCCGUUCAUCAGCAGCCCUUCGAGGUGCGUGAGGCCAUUUUGCGCGGCUGGAAGAAUGCUUGGUCGCCGCCCCUGCGCAUUCUGGGUCGCACGCUGUGUGUGCUGGCACAGACCACCUGGCUGGUCUCAUCGCCGCUCUUCCCCCAGGCCUCCAGCUUCCGGGAGACGCCGGCCGACUGGAAGCCCGCACAAGAACAUGCCGACUUCUGCUUCCUGCAGUUUGACGAUGCGUCCGAACCGGCCGUCAUCGAGACUGACGUGGUCAUUGUGGGCUCUGGCUGCGGUGGCUCCGUGUGUGCCGAAGUUCUCGCAGCUACUGGCCAUCGCGUCUUGGUGGUCGAGAAGGGCUACCACUAUCCGCCGUCACAGCUACCGAUGCCGCAGAAUGUCGGCCUGCGGCUGCUGUACGAAAAUGGCGGCCAGCUAGCGUCAGCCAACCCGAACGUCUCCGUCGUGGCCGGCUCCUGCUGGGGCGGCGGUGGUGCCAUCAACUGGUCCGUCUGUCUGCGGACGCCGGAUGUGGUGCGUCGGGAAUGGGCGGCCGGCCAAGACGGAAUGUCCUUCCUCGAGACGCCGGCCUUUGAUGCCUGUCUGGACCGCGUGUGCGACUUUAUGUGCGUCGAAAAGACUGCUGCUGCUGUCGACGAGCACGACCGCUGCCACCGUGGCCAAGUCGUGCUCGAGGGCGCAGCCAAACUUCGGUUCAAGGCCUCUUCUCUGCUGCAGAACACCCGAGACGGCCUCCCACAUGAUGACGGCUACUGCCAUCUUGGCUGUGCCUCGUCCGAGAAGCGCGGAACGGCUGUCAGCUGGCUGCCGGCCGCCGCCGCUGCAGGCGCCCAGUUCAUCGAGGGCUUCGACGUCGAUCGUGUGCUCUUUGAUGACGACGAUGGCACCAGCACCAGCAUCCCUUUGGCAUCUGCUGAACCCAAGGCGACCGGUAUCGUGGGCACCUGGCUCUCCAGAGAUCCAUCCGGCAGUCCGACCGGCCCCGAAGACCAGCGUCGCCGGAGGCGUAUCGUCAUCAAGGCCAAGAAAGUGAUUGUGUCGAGCGGCACGCUCAACAGCCCGCUUUUGCUUCUCAGGAGCGGCCUUACGAAUCCCCAGAUUGGACGCAACCUUCACCUGCAUCCGUGCAAUAUGGUUGGCGCCUUCUUUGACGAGGAAACAAAGCCGAUGGACCAUGGCAUCAUCACCAGCAUCUGCACCAGCUUCGAUGACAUGGAUGGCCAUGGCCACGGCCCCAGGCUAGAGCCGACCUGUAUGGUCCCGUACGCGAUCCUGACGACGCUGCCGUGGUCGAGCGGACUGGACUUUAAGCUGGCCGCGCUGCGCUACCGCCACUACGACGGGUUCAUCGCCCUGACCCGCGAUCGGGACAGCGGCCGUGUCUUUCCGGACCCGGUGACCGGCCAGCCCGUGGUCGACUACGACCCCUCGAGCUUUGACCGCGAGAACGCUGUCGAGGGCGUCAUCGGCCUGGCCCGCCUCUGCCACGUCCAGGGAGCCAACGAAAUCCGCGCCUAUCUGGCCGGCGUGGAGCCGUACGUGAGGGCCAAGACGGGCUCCUCUCACGACGAAGAUGACGCGCUCGCCUUUGAGGCCUGGAUCAACGGCGUCCGUGCUGCUGGUUUGUCGCGGUCGUCGCUCUGGGGCGGCUGGCAGGCAGCCAACUCCUUCUUGUCGGCCCACCAGAUGGGCACCUGCCGCAUGGCCGACGACGGCGGCGCAAACAGCGUCGUCAGUCUGCACGGCCACGUCUGGGGCACGCGCAAUCUUCUCGUCGCCGACGCCAGCGUGUUCCCCAGCGCCAGCGGCGCAAACCCCAUGGUCACCGUCAUGGCCUUGGCCCAGUGGAUCGCCCAGGGACUGGCCAAGGAGCUGGCCGAAGGCGCAUAG